AUGACUAGCUCUAAAUUGGUUCUCAUCGCGAUAAGUGGAUGUUCAUCAUCGGGUAAGACCACCUUAACCAAGCUAACAUCGAAUGCAAUCCCUAGAAGUAGUGUAUUACACGAAGAUGACUUCUAUAAGCCUGAUGCGCAAAUUCCACUAAACGAAAAAUAUCAGAUUGCCGACUGGGACUGUCCAGAGGCAUUGGAUAUACCUGCAUUUAAAAGAGAGUUGGAUCAAAUAAAAGAAACUGGCUUAAUCAAAAGUAAAUUGAUUCAUAACGAUAACGUUGAUGACAUAACAAAGUUUGAUAUAUCACCAGAAGAUUGGGAUUCUCUUAAGAGGAAAUAUGCUAUCGUGCAAAAUUCUGAUCUUAAGAUUGUAUUGGUUGAUGGGUUCAUGAUAUUUAACGAUGAAGAGCUAACAAAGAAGUUUGACAUCAAAAUAUUUGUUCGAGCUCCAUACGAAGUUUUGAAAAAGAGAAGAAAUGCAAGAGCUGGAUACAAGACUAUAGAUUCAUAUUGGGUUGAUCCACCAUACUACUUUGAUGAAUUUGUUUACAAAUCUUACAGGAACGAACAUAAGUAUAUGUUCGAAGAUGAAGACAUUGAAGGACAGCUUAAACGGAAUACAGGGCUCUUCGAACUGAAAAAUGAUGAUGAUAUCAACAUAUCAGAUGCGCUAAACGCAAUUGCUGAUCACAUCGUUGAAACAUUAAAUGCGAGUUCAUUACUGGAAUAA